AUGAAUAAAUAUAUUGAGGUGUUGCAACCGUUUCGAUGGAAAUGCUUUCAAGUUUUGAUAAUCGAUAACGAAAAUGGCGGGGAAAAUACACUAAAAGAUGCACGAAAAUUCGUUAUUAGCAAUCCUGAAUUUGAGGAAUUUGUGAAGAGACAUAGUGAACAAAAAUGUAUGGUGGUAGAGGGAAACGAAGUCAUGAGGAACUCGUACUUGAUAUUGGAUGAAAAAUUGUGUUUUUUGAAUUGUCAAGGGAACGACAAGAAACCGAGCGACUGUUUAUUAGAAGUUGAUGUUGAAAAGGCAUUGAGACAGGCCGGAUGGGAUCAAAAUGCAUUUUUAAAGAGGUCCGGUGUUUAUGAAUGGACCAAAAAUAUCAAACCGAGUUGUGGCGGGGAUAAUAAGAAAUUAUAUGAUUGGUGA